AAUCUUCUGUUCUUUCUCUCAAGCUCAAGUCACAAACACCCCCACAAGUUAAACCAUCACUCUUAUUCGUCUUCUCUCUUCUUCCCUUUCAUCGAAAAUGGCGGACAAUGAUUCUCUAGAUCAGUUCUUGGCUGCCGCCAUUGAUGCCGCUAAAAAAGCUGGACAGAUCAUUCGUAAAGGGUUUUACGAGACCAAACAUGUUGAACACAAAGGCCAGGUGGAUUUGGUGACAGAGACUGAUAAAGGAUGUGAAGAACUCGUAUUUAAUCAUCUCAAGCACCUUUUUCCCAGCCACAAGUUCAUUGGAGAAGAAACUACUGCUGCAUUCGGUGUGACAGAGCUAACUGAUGAACCAACUUGGAUCGUUGAUCCUCUUGAUGGAACAACUAAUUUCGUUCACGGGUUUCCCUUUGUGUGUGUUUCUAUUGGACUUACUAUUGGAAAAAUCCCUGUGGUUGGCGUCGUGUAUAAUCCCGUUAUGGAGGAGCUAUAUACCGGUGUCCAAGGGAAAGGAGCAUUCUUGAAUGGAAAGCCAAUUAAAGUGUCAACUCAGAGCGAACUUGUAACCGCUUUGCUCGUAACAGAGGCUGGUACUAAACGUGAUAAAGCUACAUUAGACGAUACAACCAACAGAAUCAACAGUUUGUUAACCAAGGUUAGGUCCCUUAGGAUGAGUGGCUCGUGUGCACUGGACCUCUGUGGUGUCGCGUGUGGAAGGGUUGAUAUCUUCUAUGAACUCGGUUUUGGUGGUCCAUGGGACAUUGCAGCCGGAAUUGUGAUCGUUAAAGAAGCUGGCGGACUCAUUUUUGAUCCAUCGGGUAAAGAUUUGGACAUCACAUCGCAGAGAAUUGCAGCUUCAAACGCCUCGCUGAAGGAGUUAUUCGUGGAGGCCUUGCAGCUUACAAAGGCAUGAAGAAGUUAUUCAUUAUUGUUACAAAAAAUGGUCUCAACCUUAUGAUGAUGAACUUGAUUCAAAAACUUCACUAUUUGUUAGUUUGGUUACAAAUGAAACUAUUUUCUUUUCAGUAGAGAAACAAAACAAACUUAA